ACUGUAACAAAAUUUGCUACACUAUCAGAACGUAGUUUAUCUUCGGUUAGGGUAUAAAAAUUCCGAAUUUUCACGUAAUAAGGAAACUGGCAUCGAUUGUUCUUUGUGGUGAUCGGUCAAACGAAAUAUAGUAGAACAAAAGAUUUAGUAAUACUUAUGUAGAAAUAAAAAGAGAAAGUAUGGUUUCGGUGAUGCAGCCAUUCAUGGAUGUUGAAAGUUCAAGGAGUUACAUCGAUGAGCUGUAUUCGCCGGAUCCUCAUAAAUGUGUACAAGCUAUUAUAUGCCUUAAAAAUUCUGUAAUUGGAAGCAAUAGACAAAAAGGUUCAGUAAUAGCACAAGGUGUAGUGCCUCGAUUGUUACAAUUACUUGGUAAUUCAUCUGGUCCACUUGCAGAGCGUAUACAAUUAGAGUCGGCUGUAACAUUAGGUUCUUUGGCUAAGGGUACUGACCAACAUGUCUUAGCUCUUAUUGAACUUGGUGUGGUACCAUUACUUCUUCAAGUUUUGCUUUCUAUGUCUAUUUCUGAUCUUAAUGCAGAAGGAAAAGGAAAACUUUUAGAUUCCUUAAAUGAAGCAUGUUUGCGUUGUUUGCGUACAGUGUUCCAACACACUUCAGCACCUGUUCAUUCUAUAUACCAGGAUCCUGCUUUGGUACCACGUUUGUUAUCGUUAGCAAGUAGAUCUGUUACUUGUCAAGUCUGUGUAGCAACUAUUUUGACAACAGCAUGUAAGACUGCAGAGGAACAAAAUGCCCUUUCCAAAGGAGGAGCGGUUGAAACAUUAGCGAUGCAACUCGAUUCGCCAUUAGCCGAUGUACAAUUACCUGCGUUGGCUUGUCUUGCAAAUAUGUGCUAUCAAAAUCAUAUGGUAUCUGCUAUGGUUGCUGCAGCAACAACAAGUAAUACUCUUAGGGGUAAACUUGUGCCCGUAGCAUUAGGACAAUUGAUGGGACGUGAAAGAAGCUCGUUAGUCCAACUGGAAGCUGCAAGAUGUAUAGCAUACAUGCAUAGGGCUGGUGCAUUGUCGUCUACGGACCCGAGAGUUUUAUAUCGUGCUUUACCUUGUCUUGUGAGACUUUGUCAUAGAGAUCGACCACCAAGAGAGAGAAUAGCUGCAGCAGAAACUUUAGCUUAUCUUACAGAAGUUGAUACAGAUUUGCAACGUCUAGCUUCUAUUAGUAAUCAUCUCAUUCCAACAUUAGCCGAGUUACUAAGACCACAUUCACAGGUUCAAGAUGCGACAUUAACGCAAGAUAUGCGCCAAGCAGCAUUUAGAGCUUUCGCUUCUCUUGGUGCUAAUGACGAAGGAAUUCGAAAACGCAUUAUUGAAACAGAAAGUUUAAUGGAACAAGUUGUUUCUGGUUUACAAGAUCCUGGAGGUCCUCGAGUUCGUUUGGCUGCAGUUAGAUGUUUACAUUCUCUUUCUAGAAGCGUGCAACAGCUUCGCACAACGUUUCAAGAUCAUGCUGUGUGGAGGCCCCUCAUGCAAUUGCUUCAUGGUGCAGAUAAAGGGUUGGAAGGUAGAACAGAGAGCGAAGAUGAUUUAUUGACUGUUGCUUCAAGUACUUUGUGUAAUUUAUUAUUAGAAUUCAGUCCAAGUAAAGAACCAAUUCUUGAAUCUGGUGGAGUAGAACUAUUAUGUUCUCUUACCAAACGUCCCGAUCCAGCAUUACGAUUAAACGGAAUUUGGGCUUUAAUGAAUGUUGCUUUUCAAGCGGAACAACGAGUCAAGUCACAAAUAUUAUCUUGCUUAGGCACUGACCAAAUCUUUCGUCUUUUGGCUGACCCAGAAUUAGCGGUUUUAAUGAAGACACUUGGUUUGCUACGAAAUUUGCUUUCUACAAAAGCACAUAUAGAUCGUAUAAUGGGUGAACAUGCUGCUCAUUUUAUGCAAGCAGUUAUAUUAGUAUUAGAAGAUCCAGAACAUCCAGCAGAUGUGAAGGAACAAGCUCUCUGUAUUUUGGCAAAUGUAGCUGACGGUGAUCGCGCCAGAGAUCACAUUAUGGCUAAUGAAGAUGUUUUAAAAAAGUUAAUGGAUUAUAUGAUGCACAGCAAUGUAAAGCUACAAGUCGCAGCAAUCUUUUGCGUGUGCAAUUUAGUAUGGAGAGAAGAACCUGGAGCAGCACAACGCCAAGCACGUUUAAAAGAGUUAGGCCUUUAUCGUAUCCUCCAACAAUUACGUCACACAAAAGAUUCUCAAUUAUUUGAUAAAGUAAAAACUGCCAUGGCACAAUUCUACGAUGCAUGAACAUUAAUCAUGUUAAUAACGAAGGUUAGAUUUUGAAUUUGUGAAUUUUUAAUUUGAAUGAUAUUAUUUGAUGUAGAAUUAAUACUGUGAUCCUGUGCUUUUGUUAAUACAUAAGCAUUUCAAAGCUACUGAAAUAAGGUGAAAAUAAUACUUGUAAGCCUGAGCUUGUAGCUUAUUUACACUAUAUUUAUUUAAUUUAAAGAAAAAAAAUUAUCUUAGAAAAUGAACAUAUACCCCACGAACAUAGAAAGUGAGAGAGGGAGGGGUAUGGAAUGUUGCUUGGUACAUUUUGAGUACUUCACAAACAAAGGUCUGUAACCCAAGUUCUCGAUUACAAUAAGAAAAAUCAAACAUUUAGAAAGAUUACGAAUACAAGAGAAUAUGAGAGUGCUUAAAUACAUUCGAUGUUUCAAUGCAUCUUCUGGCAAAUUGUACUAUAACCUUUAUAUAGUAAUCUCAUAAUACAUUUUAUUAUCGUGAGAACAAAAUUUCUUUCAUAUAUUUUAAAUAAAUAUUUGACAGGUAGACCUUAAUAACUAUUUGGAGCUUGUAUCUUUGGUAGAGAACUUGUAUGAAAAAUUUAUGAAAUGGAAAUAUAUCUCUUUAUCCUGGUUAUGUUUAAA